GACAGGUUGACGGAAGCGCAACACAAAUUAGCAGAAACACUGGCUUCCCUAGAAACAGCGACAACAUCAUCAGCACCAUCUUAGCUGAUUCGACAAUUAAUCGUUCCCAGGACUACGUGACCGGACGGUGGGGCAUCGGAUUGCAGAACCAACGUGUGAACGGGAGUUGUGCAGUGAAAGAUAAUGUUGAAUAAAGUUAGUCGUUAAUAGUCAGUCGUGAAGUGUAGUUUAGUUUUAGUUUUUAAAAACCCGAAACUCGGCCAUCAAAAUAUAACUGGCGCAGUCGCGGUAGGAUAGUGCGUGUGUGAGUUAAAUACUUAGUUUUGUGAUCGGCAGCGGCCAUUCGCGGAGGAUUACCGUGAAUUUGCAUCGGAACAAGAUAAUUAACUCCCCGCACAAGGACCACCAAUCAGAUGUACCGGAAUAACAGAGUAGCACUACUCAUGAUAGCAUUAUGCUUCUGUCAAGCACAAAAAUUAUCUAUCAAACAUUUUGGAAACGACCCAAUCUUACUAGUAAAGGAAAGAGAAUGUAAAAUCCAAAUUGGAACAAUAAAAAUAGUACAUCCAAUAAAUUUAUCAUCAAUAGAAGAAGCGACAGAAACACUUAUAAGUUUUUCCUAUAGAAAUAACGUUGAAACUAACAACCCACUAAAAAACAUCCUUAAAUAUAAGGCAAAACAAUUGUACAACAAUCUAUAUCAAUUGAAACCACGUACACAUCACCGCUCGAAAAAGAUGGGACACUAUUGGAACGAUCUGGAAAUGGAUUGCUGGGACUCCGGACGCCGCAGACCUUCAAGUCAUCAACAGUACCAUGAACGACCUCAUUGAUCAAAACAAUCAACAAUUUAAAGUUAACGAGAACAUCGACAAGCGUAUUCAGCACCUGACUAACGCCAUCAAGGAAGUUAUGUUACAAGCGAAUUUCAACAAAAUUAUGAUUAAUGACAUUGAAAUCAUCACCGCAAUUAUGAACACAGACAUUCUGAACAAAAUGCUCGAAGACAUCCAAGAUGCCAUCAUGUUAUCGAAAUUAUCGAUAACACAUAACAGAAUAUUGUCGAUUCGAGAAAUUUUGGCGAUCAGAGAGUUAAUCCAAGAUCAAGGAGUAAACUUAAAUCUGCCCGAUGAAGCUUUACAGUUUGUCACACCAAAGUUUGCAACCAGCUCUAAAAUGCUUCUGUACCUUAUGCACAUUCCGUUACUGGAAAACUCGACAACAUCGGAUAUUAUGCGAAUUUUUCCACUCGUAACAAAUAACCGCAUUUUGUACCAAUACCCAACGCACAUCUUGAAAACCGCCAGUAAAUUGUACAUUACUGAAAAACCAGACAAUUUUGUUCAGAAAGCAGCCUAUCUAAAAGAACUUAAUGAUGAAUGCUUAGCAUCCCUCAUUGAUGGAAAACAAACCACUUGCCGUUAUGUGGUACAGAAUGAGACAUCCAAGGAACUUAUUAAUGAUAAUACGAUAUUGAUCAGAAAUGCAAAAGAUCAGACGCUAGAAUCAACUUGUGGUCCAGAUAACAGAACCAUAAAUGGAAAUGUUCUCAUUUCAUUCACCAAUUGUACCGUUAUAUUCGACAAAGAAAACUUUACGAACAACGAACUUGAAAGUCCAAUCGAUAUCAUCGAAAGAGCUUUCCACAAUUUAAAAAUCAAUUGGAAACAACACAAAUUAUAUGAAUUGGAGAAAAUUAAUGCUGAAACUAUUUCUAACCGGAAAAGGCUUGAUCACGUUUAUCUGCAACAAUACCACCUGGAUUUGAAAUUUUGGAAAUUGAUCGGAAGCUUCUCGUUCAUUGGCACUGCAACGGUAAUCAUCAUCGUGUUGCUGAUUCUUAGAACAUACGGAACGGGACGUUCCUUUCGUAGGGAGGGGGUAGUUAUCGACAGGUUGACGGAAGCGCAACACAAAUUAGCAGAAACACUGGCUUCCCUAGAAACAGCGACAACAUCAUCAGCACCAUCUUAGCUGAUUCGACAAUUAAUCGUUCCCAGGACUACGUGACCGGACGGUGGGGCAUCGGAUUGCAGAACCAACGUGUGAACGGGAGUUGUGCAGUGAAAGAUAAUGUUGAAUAAAGUUAGUCGUUAAUAGUCAGUCGUGAAGUGUAGUUUAGUUUUAGUUUUUAAAAACCCGAAA